AUGACACUAGUCACUCGUUCCUUCUUUGCCAAACUCCUCCAAUACACCCACCAGAAAAACCUCCCAAACGGCAAGUCACUCCACGCCCAAAUCAUCAAGACCGGCUCUUCCUCUUGCAUAUACAUCUCCAAUAGCCUCGUCAACUUCUACGCCAAGUCCCACCACUUAACCGAAGCCCACCUUGUAUUCGAAGAAAUCGAAGUUAAAGACAUAGUCUCAUGGAACGGCCUCAUCAAUGGCUACUCUCAGAUGGGGACUCCCAAAUCUUCAUCCUCAGUCAUGAAACUGUUCAAGCUUAUGAGGAAAGAGAAUACUUUCCCCGAUGCCCACACUUUCGCCGGAUUUUUUUCUGCGGCGUCGAUUUUGAUGGACCCGUUUUGUGGCCAGCAAGCUCAUUCACUUGCCAUCAAAACAGCUUGUUGUUCCGAUGUAUUUGUGAAUAGUUCUUUGUUAAACACGUAUUGCAAAUGUGGCCUUGUAUGUGAUGCGCGUAAAGUGUUUGAUAGAAUGCCCGAGAGAAAUUCGGUUUCUUGGGCUACGAUGAUUUCUGGGUAUGCUAUGCAUCGGUUUGCUGGUUAUGCUUUGGAUGUUUUUAGGAUGAUGACGUUGGAGGAAAAGGAAGAUGUGAAUGAGUUUGUGGUAACUAGUGUUCUUAGUGCUUUUACCUUGCCAGAAUUUAUUGAUAUUGGUAAGCAAAUUCAUUGUCUUGCUGUGAAAAAUGGGUUGUUAUCAGUUGUAUCAGUUGGAAAUGCUGUCGUUACCUUGUAUGCAAAGUGUGGAAGCUUAGAUAACGCGCUGCAAAUGUUUGAGAUUUCGAGUGAGAAGAACUCCAUUACGUGGUCUGCGAUGAUCACUGGGUAUGCACAAAGUGGCGAUGGUGAGAAGGCAUUGAAAAUGUUCUCGGAUAUGCAUUUUUCUGGGAUGAGGCCUAGCGAAUUCACUCUUGUUGGGGUGCUCAAUGCUUGUAGUGAUGUUGGUGCUACUGUAGAAGGAAAGCAGUUGCAUGGCUAUUUGAUAAAGUUGGGUUUUGAAUCUCAGAUAUAUAUUAUUACGGCGUUAGUUGAUAUGUAUGCUAAAUGUGGCAAUGUGGGUGAUGCUCGAAAGGGGUUUGAUUAUCUACAAGAACCUGAUAUUGUUUUGUGGACCUCCAUGAUUGGAGGGUAUGUUCAAAAUGGGGAGAAUGAAAUUGCUAUGAGUUUGUACUGUAGAAUGCAAAUGGAGGGUAUGGUGCCCAAUGAGCUGACUAUGGCCAGUGUCCUAAAAGCCUGUUCGAGCCUUGCUGCUUUGGAGCAAGGAAAGCAGAUCCAUGCCCAUACUAUUAAGUAUGGGUUUGGUCUUGAAGUUCCGAUUGGAAGUGCUCUCUCAAUUAUGUAUGCAAAGUGUGGGAACCUUGAAGACGGGAGCGUAGUCUUUCGGAAGAUGCCUACCAGGGAUGUCGUGUCAUGGAACUCUAUGAUUUCUGGUCUUUCUCAAAAUGGUUGUGGCUGUGAGGCGAUUGAACUUUUUGAGGAGAUGAGACUGGAAGGCACAAAGCCUGAUUAUGUUACUUUUGUGAACAUUCUCUCUGCAUGUAGCCACAUGGGCUUGGUAGAGAGAGGUUGGAUUUAUUUCAAAAUGAUGUCUGAAGAAUUUGGUAUAGUCCCAAGAUUAGAGCAUUAUGCAUGCAUGGUUGAUGUCCUGGGCCGUGCUGGGAAACUCAACGAAGUGAAAGAAUUUAUUGAAUCAGCUACCAUUGAUCACCAUCUGUGUUUGUGGCGUAUUUUGCUAAGUGCUUGCCGGAACUAUCGUAAUUAUGGUUUGGGAGCCUAUGCAGGCGAGAAACUAAUGGAGUUGGGUUCACAGGAAUCAUCUGCUUAUGUGUUGUUGUCAAGUAUCUAUACAGCGUUGGGCAGAGGGGAAGAUGUAGAGCGGGUAAGAAGGAUGAUGAACCUUCGAGGGGUAAGUAAGGAGCCUGGAUGUAGCUGGAUUGAGCUGAAGAGUGUGGUUCAUGUGUUUGUUGUUGGAGACCAGUUGCAUCCACAAAUUAAAGAAAUUCGUACUGAGUUGCGACAAUUAAGCAAGUUGAUGAAGGAUGAAGGUUACCAACCUGCUUCUGAUUUGAUUUCAGAAGAAAUUAGUGAUUGUGGGUUCCUUGAUGCCACUCGCUUGCUGGACGGUGAUUAUCGGAUGCCAAUGCAUCCUAGUGGCGCUAAGCAUAUAAGGAUACAGGGUUUAUCAAUGUCUGGAGAACACUUGACAGAGAUCCUUAGGCAGAUUCUGGACCAGCAAAAUGUCUCCUUGCCUCCAGAAUGUUUGUCUUUCUCGAAGUUUAGGUUUCUUACUCUUCAAUAUGCAGCUCCGUUUUCAUUUAAUCAGUGUGCAGAACAUGUAGUUGCUUUCACUGCAGAUGCAUUGAGAUUUUCACUUUUCACCAUUGAGGGAUUGGCAGAACAUUUAAGAAACUGCGACUCUCAUUAUGAUGGUAAAGAUGAUUGGCUUCUGAUUAGCAGUAUGGUUAUCCUAUGCCGAUGCUGCAAGAAAGUUGCUCCUCUCUUGUAUGUUUCCAGUUCGGAAGAAGAUUACUAUUUGCAGUGGGACACUUACCAACCUUUGUAUGUUUUUGUUGUGAUGGGAUUUAUAAGGGUGACAAUCCGGAGGUAUGUUCUCUGUGCAGUGUUAGUUUUCAUAUGUUAUCGGUAGUCCUUAUGAGUCGUUACUCUGUUUACUUCUAAUUUUAUGUAUAAUCCGUUGGAGGGCGCAUCCAUUAUUCUUCUUUUCUGUGAAUAUGUUUAGAGGGCGCUUCAGGUAUUUAUGUCUAUGGGUUGCCAGUUGCUAAGUGGUUAAGUUUUUGGAAAAGUUUGAUCCAAUAUAUGGGCUGUUAGUUAUCUGUGGAGGGGUCUUAUCUAUAACUUAUUUUGAUUUCUAACCACAGCUGAAAAGCACAAUGAAUUCUUCUCACCAAAAUACCCAGGAAUAAUUGAAGAGACCUAGUUAGAAGUAAAACCCAGUUUAUUAAAUUUGAGGAUGAUUGGCUAUUCUCUAUCUACGUUUGUUGUUUAUGAAAAAAAGUUGACCAUAAUAUAUUUAAAUUGCUGUGGCUGUUUUGGCUUUUCUUUGCGGAAGAAUAUAUAUGCAUUGGAGUGCACACACGCGCAUGUUUGCAC